GCAGUGUUUGGAGUAUCAUCAUAUCCAUGGAGGACAUGGGAGAGGGGGAAGAGCCUGCAGCCAGUCUGCACUUUGUGGGCAUGAAGGAGGACCUGAUAAAAGCCAAGCGGUCGUUCAGGAACCUGGAGGGCAGGGACAUACUGGUGCUCUAUCACCAGGAGAUUUUCUAUGCUCUGGACUUCCACUGUUACCAUGCUGGGGGACCAUUGCAAAAUGGAGACAUAGAGGAAUUUGACGGCAAGCUGUGCAUAGUGUGUCCAAAGCACAAGUACAAGAUCUCUCUCGCCGAGGGGGAGGGCAUCUACAGGGCCACCAACCCUUAUGCCCCAGUGCCCACAACAAGGUGGUACUCCAAGGGCAUUAAGCAAAGAGUCCACACGGUGACCGAGACUGACGGGGUCGUUUAUGUCACACUGUCUCACAUGUCCCGUUUUAUCGAGUCUGACUACUUCCAGGGAGAGAAGGGCAAAGUAGAGAGGGAGAGAAUGGAGGCCAAAGAUUCUUCUAAGAAAUCUAACACAACCUCCUGAUGGACUGUAUGUCAAUAGUCUAAAAUGGCUUCCUCUCCUUGCCUCCUCAUCUGCACUGAUCUGAAGGGAAGGUAAAGGAGGGAAGGAGGCGAGGAGAGGAAGCCAGGUCCAACUAUUAACAUACAUUUGGGGUUUUCCUAAAGUUUACUUGUCUUCAAAUGGGGAUGUAGUAAUUAUAGCAACCUUGACAUUUGAUUUGUGUCCAGAGACUUGAGCAGCCAAUCAGAUCUCUGACAUAAAUAUGCUAAAGGCAGGAUGUGAGUGAACUGAGUUUAAAAACGACCAAUCACAUGUUUCCUUACUGUAUGGGGUAGGGGUAACGUUAUCGUUUUUUUUUUGGUGAACAUUUCAUACAUUCCACAAGAAUCUGUUGUUUUUAUGUGUUUUAGGCUAUCACGUUACGUUAUCUUAUACAGAUUAUCUCACUCACUGCUCAGUCGACUUGUAAAUUGUAGCUCCUUCUCACGUGGGA